AUGAUGCCCCGAUUUCCCGGGAGGCUGGCGAUGGGGAGGAUGAGGCUGGCGCUCAGAAGAGAGCUACAUACAGAACGCCAAAAGCCCGGCUAUUGGCUGGCUGCGGUGGGCGGCGCGUCGGCGCUGCUGCUCGGCGGCUACAUCUUCGACCAAACACGACCCCAGCAAAUGAACCCGAUGGCCCGGGCAGCAGAUUAUGAUUUUGCGCCCCCGCUGCGGAAAGAUCUGCCCGUUUUCAAAAUUGACGAGGUGAAAAAGCACGGUAAGGAGGCGCCGAGAAUAUGGAUCAUGUACAAGAAUGGUGUCUACGACGUUACUGAAUUUGUGGAAAACCACCCGGGAGGGGAUAAGAUACUCUUGGCCGCCGGUGGAUCAGUAGAACCCUUCUGGGCCAUCUACGCGCAGCACAAAACGAAGGAGGUUGCGGAGAUUUUGGAGCCGAUGCGCAUCGGGAACGUCGACGAGGAGGAUUUGAAAAAUGCUCCAAAAGCCGACGCGAACGACCCGUUUGCCAAGGACCCGGCGCGCCACCCAGCACUACUCGUCAACUCGAACAAACCCUUCAAUGCCGAGUCCCCGCCUGCUCUGCUCAUGGACGCCUUCCUCACGCCAAAUGAGCUAUUCUUCGUCCGGAAUCACCUGCCCGUGCCGGAGACUGAUGAAAAGCAGCACCGAGUCGAGAUCUCCGGCCUAAAGGUCAAGGGCAAAUUCACGCUGAGCGUCGAGGAUCUGAAGCAAAAGUACGAGCCGGUGUCGGUGAAAUCGGUGGUGCAGUGUGCUGGAAAUCGGCGUGCUGACAUGAACGCGGAGAAGGCCGUUCAGGGCCUGAUGUGGACCGGCACCGCGAUUGGAUGCGCAAAAUGGACGGGCGUACGCCUACGUGACGUUCUGAUGACGGCUGGGGUCGACCCCUCGGACCCCUCGAUCAAGCACGUCCACUUUGAGGGCGCCGACGUGGACCCGGACGGCAAGCCGUACGGCGCCUCGAUCCCCUUCCAAAAAGCCAUGUCUUCCGAGGUCAUCAUCGCCUACGAAAUGAACGGCAAAGAGAUACCCCGCGACCACGGGUACCCGCUGCGCCUGAUCGUUCCCGGGAAUGUGGGCGCGCGGCAGGUAAAAUGGCUGAAAGCCAUCCACACCAGUGACGUGGAAAGCCCAGCGCAUUGGCAGCAAAAGGAUUACAGAGUCUUCUCGCCGGCCGUUCAGAUCGGCGACGACCUGAAGUGGGACAAGGCGUACUCGAUCCAGGAGUACCCCGUGCAGUCGGCAUUUUGCGUGCCCGCCGCCAAGGCCAAGGUGAAGCGCUCCGAGGAGGAGAUCUCGGUGGCCGGAUACGCGUGGAGCGGCGGCGGUCGCGGAAUUAUUCGGGUGGAUGUUUCCGCUGAUGGCGGCAAAACGUGGAAACCGGCCGAACUCGAGCAUGCCGAGGAGCAACCGAUCGACCGGAUGUGGGCGUGGACCUUGUGGAAGACGAAUAUCACGCUGCCCAAAGACGGGAACAGCCUGGAGCUGGCCGUAAAAGCCACCGAUCGCGCCUACAACACCCAGCCCGACACGGCCACCGGCAUCUGGAACGUGCGCGGGCUGAUCAACAACGCGUGGCAUCGCGUCAAAGUGCAAAUUAUUGACGAU